UCUUCGGGGACGGUAUUUAUAGUCACACUGGAAAAAAUUGGAAAUUAGCAACGUUUAUCAGUUGAUUUACACAGUUACUGUACGAAUUAAUUGGUCGGUGGUUGUCUGCACAGCGAGGUUUCUUGAAGAGUACAGCGUAGCCGCAUGCACGUGCUCCUGAUGAAGGUGUGUAGGUAAUACUUUGAGAGCCUUGUAAGACGCCAUGUCUGAAGAGGCAAAUUCAGAAAGUGACCUGGAGCCCAGCCUUAACAGUGAAGAGGAGUGUUUGGAAAAUGAGGAAGAGGAGGACAACGAGGACAUUGAGGAUGAUGAGGAUGAUAAUGAUGGAGAUGAUGAAGAUGAUAGUGUUGAACGGCCUGGGAGUGCCCAGAGCAGGACAGAAACCGCUCAGGAUGGCAGGGACUCUCCUUCAGCUACCUCCGGAGAGCCAUCCCCCGAGUCAACGUCUCCGCCUGCGUCCUGCACAUCCUCCAGGGCUCCCUCCAGACCUGCCUCUCGCUCUCAGCCUCCAACCAGCCCGGAAAACCCAAGCCAGAGCAAGCCACCUUCCUCCAAAACAAAGAAACAUAAAGCCUCUAAAUCUACCAAAUCUAAGUCUUCAAAAGGCUCCAAGCUAUCUAAGCCUGUACACAUGAGGAAGAAUAUCAGAAAGCUGCUGAAAGAGGAUCAGCUGGAGGCUGGGACCAAGGCUGCUCAACAGGAGGAGAUGGACAGGCGGAAGCGUCUGGAGCAGCAGAGGAAGGACUUCCCUACACCAGCUGUCCCAGACUCUCAGCUAGGUGACUGCACCUCUAUCGUCGACACUGCUUCACUUUUAGGAGAAGUAUCUCACUUGGUCCCUGCUCUCCUGAUCAAGCAGGAUGUGAUCUGUCUGGACAGCAGUGGUGAUGAAGAUGAAAAAGAGGACCCAACACUGCCUGAACUUGACAUUAGAGAUGAUAUAAUCGAGCUUAGUUCUGGCGACGACGAUGCCCUACAGAUAAGCAGCGAGUCGGCCGAUGAGGACGCUGAUGGUACCGCUGCGUCCGAGGAGAGCAGCGGGGCACACAUCAACGACGCUAUGAAUCUGCCUGAUGCCCAGGGUCGAGUGCUGGUUAAUAUCAGUCACCCUGCAGAGGAGAAAGACCUUUACCUCGCUCCACAGCUGGCCAGGGCAGUCAAACCUCACCAGAUCGGGGGAAUCCGGUUUCUCUAUGAUAACCUCAUUGAGUCUCUGGAGCGGUAUAAAACGAGCAGUGGCUUUGGCUGCAUCCUGGCUCACAGCAUGGGGUUGGGCAAGACACUGCAGGUCAUUUCCUUCACUGACAUCCUACUGAGGAAUACUGAGGCUCACACUGUGCUGGCCAUUGUUCCUGUGAACACACUUCAGAACUGGCUGACAGAGUUUAACCUCUGGCUCCCAUCACAAGAUGCCCUCUCCCCUGACACUGACCCUGCACUCGUCACAGGCCGCGCAUUCAAAGUUCACAUUCUCAACGAUGAGCACAAAACGACGCUGGCCAGGGCCAAAGUUGUGGAGGACUGGUCCAAAGAGGGAGGGGUGUUGCUGAUGGGUUAUGAGAUGUAUCGCCUGCUGUCCAUGAAGAAGAGCUUUGUGAUGGGCAAGAAGAGGAAAUCAAAGAAGCCUGUGGGACCAAUCAUCAUUGACCUGGAUGAAGAAGAUAGACAGCAGGAACUCAUGAAAGGUAUUGAAAGGGCCAUAGCACGGCCUGGGCCAGAUGUGGUGAUAUGUGACGAGGGUCAUCGCAUUAAAAACUACCAUGCCAGCACAUCACAGGCUCUGAAGAACAUCCGCUCCCGGCGCAGAGUAGUCCUGACCGGUUACCCGUUGCAGAACAACCUCACUGAAUACUGGUGCAUGGUGGACUUUGUAAGGCCCGACUUCUUAGGCACGCGUCAGGAGUUCAGCAACAUGUUUGAGAGGCCCAUUCUGAACGGGCAGUGCAUGGACAGCACACCUCAAGAUGUCCGCUUGAUGCGCUACCGCAGCCAUGUGCUGCACAGCCUGCUGGAGGGUUUUGUCCAGAGACGAGGUCAUGAUGUGCUGCAAGACCAGCUUCCCUCCAAAGAGGAGCAUGUGAUCUUGGUGCGGCUCUCUCCCAUUCAGAGGGCGCUGUAUUCCGAGUUCAUGAAACGCUUUCGAGAAGCGGGGAACAGUGGCUGGCUCGGUCUGAACCCACUCAAAGCCUUCUGUGUAUGCUGCAAGAUCUGGAAUCACCCAGACGUCCUCUAUGAAGCCCUGCAGAAGGAGAAUCAGGCCAAUGAGCAGGACCUGGACCUCGACGACAUCACUUCAUCGAGUAACCCCCGCUGCAAUGCACCGGGCGCUGGCCUCAAAGCCAAAGUAGCCGACUCAAGCAACAGCAAAGUCAACAACACCCUGCCCCCACUCAAUCCCUCUCAGGAAAGGGCCAAUCAAGUCAUCACAUAUGAAUGGGCAAAGGGCAUACUGACAAACUACCACACGGGACUUCUGGAGAACUCUGCCAAGAUGAUUCUGCUCUUCCAUUUGAUUGAUGAGAGUGUCGGAAGAAGAGACAAGAUUUUGGUCUUUAGUCAAAGUUUGUCCACCCUGACGGUCAUUGAGGACUUCUUAUCAAAGAGACCCAUGCCGACGGGCAUCGCCGCCUCUGACAGCCAGAACCAAAACUGGGUUCGCAACCUCAAUUACUACAGACUGGAUGGAAGUACAUCUGCCUCAGAAAGAGAGAGACUUAUAAAUCAAUUUAAUGACCCAGAAAACAGUGCGACGUGGGUCUUCCUACUUUCUACAAGAGCGGGAUGCUUGGGGGUAAAUCUGAUUGGGGCCAACAGGGUCGUUGUGUUUGACGCCUCCUGGAACCCGUGUCAUGACGCCCAGGCGGUGUGUAGGGUGUACCGCUAUGGUCAGAGGAAACCCUGCUACAUUUACCGCCUUGUCUGUGACUUCACCUUGGAGAAAAAGAUCUAUGACAGACAAGUCUCCAAACAGGGCAUGUCUGACCGUGUGGUUGACGACCUGAACCCAGUGCUGAACUUCACUCGUAAGGAAGUGGAGUCGCUGCUGCAUUUUGUGGAAGAGGAACCUUCUCAAAUCUCUCUGCAAUCCCGGGAGGAAUUUGAAACUGUGAUGUAUCAAGCUUGUCACCUUUACCCGCACCUCAUCACCAAGCAACCUUUUCAUCACGAGUCUCUGCUGGUGGACCGGAAGGAGUCGAAACUGACCAAAGCAGAGAAGAGAGCCGCCAAGAAGAGCUAUGAGGAUGAGAAACGAGCCUCUGUGCCCUACUCUCGCCCAUCAUACGCCACUUAUUACCCAACUAGCGAUCAGACGCUUUCAAACAUACCAGCAUUUAACCAACGCGGCUGGCGUGCUAUGGUGCGGCCGGAUGACAAGCCCGUGGCAAGUGUCCGACCCAUCCAGUCAACCCCGAUCCCCAUGAUGCCUCGCCAAGCCGGCAUGGGCAUGGCUGGCUCCAGCUCUGCCGGCAGCCUGCCUGUCAACUUCUUGCAGAAAGCUGGAGUUUAUGUGCAGAGGAUCGUCACCACAACUGAUAUUGUAAUCCCAGGAGCCAACAGCACAACAGACGUUCAAGCUCGAAUUAGUGCAGGAGAGAGCAUCCAUGUUAUCAGAGGAUCGAAAGGUACCUACAUUAGGACAAAUGAUGGAAGGAUUUUUGCUAUUCGAUCUGGAAAGAUCGGAAGGCAGGCCAUCGGGGGCUCUGCUGCUUCAAGAGACACGCAGGGUUCCCUGAUCCACCCGCUCAGUAAUGGCUGUUCAUCGCCUGUGGAUCAACUGCAGGGCUCCCCCAACGGGGAGCAGCGGCCCUCCUCUCCCUUGAGCUCUGAGAUUCUCAGAGAGCUCAGCCGCUACGCUUCAUCCACAGGUGACGCCACCGCUGGCAUGGGGAAUGAAUUGCCGACAGAAUUGUUGGCUGUACCAGCAGGGCAGGAAGGUAGUUCGCAUUACAAUCAGACUGGUGAUCUUGGAAGGCAACUCGGUGACGACCUCUUGAGCUCGGCGUUAGAGAUGCGUGGCAGCAAGCGCAGAAGUACUGAAAGCCAGGGCAGCACACCAACGGGAGGCAAACGCACCUCUGCUGCAACACGUUACCCCGGACUGUCCAUGGGCUCCAGUGGGCUCAGUUUCCCCCCCGUGGGUCUGAACUCCUCCCUACUGGGGAACCUCGGUCACAUGAGUCAUCCACUUCUGAUGGGUGGCAGUGGUGGAUCGUCAUUCCUUCAGACACCAGGACAAACACUGGCUGACCUCCAGACCAUGUUUCCCUCUGCAGGCUCGGACCUACUGAGACAGUCUGCCACAGGGAACGGACACCUUCCCACCCCCCCCUCCUCGUCCUCCCUGUCCCCUGUUUUCUCCUCUGCCUCCACCACCAUCCCUAUGUCAGCAUCACCCUCGGCAGCAACUUCUUCCUCCCUGGCGUCAGGUUCUCUGCCUCCGUACUUGAUGAAUCCCAACAUGGCCGGCCUGCUUUCGUCGAGCUUCCCUCUCAACUACAGUCAGUCGCUGCUCUCUGAGCCGAGGAUGUUCCCCAGCACUCUCCUCUCUGGCUCAGGGGGAUUCCCCACGCCUAACUCCAGCUCUACCACAUCCAGUUUCCUCUCCCAUUUCAACAAUCCCACCUCCAGCCUGUUGGGGGCGGCUCUCACCCAGACGGACAUGCAUCAGAGUACAGAGAACGGCGGCAGUAGUUCUGAUGACGACGUUAUAGAGGUGACGGGACAGUAGCGACUCGAAGUCCUGGAGAGGCAGUUUCUCACACACACACACACGCUUUUAUGAAUCGUGGCUAACAUAAAGUACAUUAGGGAUGGGAAUGAUUACACGUUUACUAGAUAAACUGUUACAGUAUCUACCCUUUCCUAUAAACUGGUGAUUGAUGGUCAGAUGUCUUGAUAACAAGUGAAAUUCCACACUGAUCAUCUAAAUGUUUUAAAACAUAAAUAAAUAAACUAAACUUCAAUGUUAAUCCUGAACCCGAACUAUGAUGUUGGAAAAGAUUGUGAUCAGUUAAAUAUGUUUUGGCCUUGCUGUUAGACUAAACAUUAAAUCAGUUUAUAUCACCAGUGAAAUGAACUCCUUCCCAUUCCUAAUGGUGUCAUUAAAGCAUACGCAAACACACACACUCACACACUCACCUGCAACAGAAAGAAUCAACUUGUAUCUUAAUGACUUUACAUAGUCAGAGUAACAAAUCCUUAUGCUGAAUAUCCCGGACUUGUUCAGCUGGGGCAUCAGAGCAGCGGGAACAGGCCUUUGUCGUUUGGGGACCAGCUGAAUCUUUCGGAGGCUUUCUAGCCUCUCCUACACUUCAGAGCAAGGCCUCAUCAUUAGUUUUAUUUCCCCUGAAUUCAGAUGAAAGCAGCUUCAUGUUGGACCGUCUCAAGAUAUAUUGCUGUGAAACAGUCCAGUGCAAACCAAAACCUGACUUACUGUUACACGUGUCAGCCGCACUCGCCUGCUGAACACUAAUAUACUCAUUUUCUUUCAGCACACUUUCCUUUUCUAGUAAACAAUACUGGAAAGUUGCGUAGUAGAAGAAACGUAGUUGCUACAGAAUGUGGGGUUAAUGUUUGUCAAAAUCCACUUGACAAUAUAUUGAGAGAAAAUCCUUCGAAGCUUACCUUUAAAAUAAAUCUUAGGCUUUCAGAGCGUAUUUUAGUCUUUAGCAAUUUGAUAGACAUUGUAGCAUCCCCCUGUUGAAAGGAUAUUAUGUGUGAUACUAUAUGUGAACAUGUUGAUACUUUGUAUAUAGUAUUCAUUAUCAUUGUUUAUAUUGCAAGUCAAUACUGUGCAGUGUGUAGAUUUUGGUUGUAGGGAGAUGGUUUAUUAUUAGUCAUGAUGAUAAACACGCUCUCGCAUUUAUGCCGGGGAAACAAAUUUACGUUCAACUUUAUAAUUUUCCCCCAUUAUAACUAAAAUGAAUGUACUUAAAUGUUAGCCUUUGAUAACACAGAGGCUGGGACAUGGAUUCGGCCUGUGUUCUUUCAUUUUUAGCCUUAAAUAACACAAAGGGGUCUUGAGUCUUAGCAUUUAUCUUAGUACGUCCUUUUUACAAACCUGUUGGAAGAGAUACUGAGCAUUUAGACAGCCGGUGUCACACUCAAAACACAAGUGAUGGGCAGAUUCAGCAUUGUGAUUUAAAGCAAGUGUGGAAGCCAAAAGGAGCACAAAGCAAGCUUAAAGUUGCUCGCUCAUUCGCCUCUCUUUUGUUGCAGUUGUUACGUCAGUCAGUCUACACCCACCAUGUAGAUUUGACUCCUUAUUUUCAGAACCUUGACUCACCUAAACUGUAGAGAAAAAAAAAUUGCAUUCAUGCAGCCGGAGUGUAUACAACUUUUAAGUCAAUGUAGCCACCAGCCAUCAAAACAGAUAUCAAACAUUUCACUACAGCCACCCGUGACUGUGGCAGAACCAGGUCCGGUGGUGUGGUGGCCUUACUAAACUGACAGUGCCAUUAUGUGGUAGCUUUUCACAGAGGUGCGUCUUUAACAGCAGUGCAGUGUAAGUAGCUUCUGUCAGUAGUGUCGGUCAGUGUAGGUCUGCAGUGCUUUAGGGGGUUUAGGUCUUUGCUGUUCUCUGUAGCCUUGUGUUUCUGUGUUGUGAUGACACCUCAAGGUAUGUAGAUUUAGGAAAGUCCCUCUACUCCGUUGGUAAAAUAGGCCAGAUGCAGUGGUUGUUAGCCUUUUAGAAAACACUGGAUAACCUGAGACAACAGAUCAUUCCCUAUGAAGUUACAUUUUUGUGUAAAGAGUUUUUCUUGCGGGACCUUUUUGCUCCCACAGUCUGAGUUCUGGUCACUUUUUGUUACUACUCCCUCCUUCCCUGUUUUUCUGGAUGCUUCAUUUCUGUCAUCAAAGAUGUCUCCAGUGUUCGUCAGUAUGUCUUGGGAACUUGUGAUAGUUUGUUUCAGAUUUGGAGGUAGAGCUGGCACUUUGAAAAAUGAUCAUAUCUGCUUGUGAACUGUACGAGGUACAUCAUACUGAUGCCAUGUCUUUAUUCUCAGUCUUCUCGAUCCGUUGGAAACACUUUGCAUAUAAAUCUUGGGAAUCAUCGGUUUAUAGAAGAACAUGUCUGCCAUUUGUCAAUUAUGCGCAUUUUUAUGUUUCAUGGAAAUAUUUCUUUAAAUGUUUUUUAUAACUUCUUAUUGGUGUUCACUCACUUGGCAGUUUCCCUUAUUUCAACGUAAGCGUCCAAAAGUUAUUUAUGAUAAAAAAAAAAAAAUGCAUUCUUUUUUUUGUAAUUACGUUUUUUAACCUUUUGUUCACUUUGAUCCAUUGACGGCUGAUCCCGUAAUUUGGUACAUGCAGCCUAGAUCGAAGCAGAAUAUGACUGUGUUAUCAAUGUUAUUUUAACAAUAAAACACUCUUUCAUUGUA